ACGCCAACCCAUAAGAUCCUUUUACUUCAGUGUAAACGGACGUGAACAGUGACCAAGAACAUUUUCCACGAAAGCGUUUUUGUUGUUAUUUAGACGCUUAUUACCAACCUGGAACUCAAAAUAUGACUAAUUUAACUACACAUCAUUACAUUAGUUACCUCAGGUAGUGUCUAAUUCGCGCUGGAGACAGGACUUGGUUGAUAGCUAGCAAGCGUUACCUAAAACUGCUAACAAUGGCUAACUGUAUGAUUUUUCACACUCAAAUCGCCUCCAUCAUGGAGGUACUAGCAAAUGCAGCCGUGGCAGAUAUCUGUAAACUCGUAGACGACGACUAUGCAGUGUUUCGUUUGGAAAUAACUCAAAGCCAGAAAGAAAACAGGGGAUUGCGGAGGAAACUACAGCUACUGGAACUGAAGAUGGCGCGGGAGCGCGUCCUCGCUAGUCGUCACAGUAGUGUCAAGAUCCUCGACCGAUAUAGAGGAGUGGCAAGAGAUGGAGGACAUCUCACUCGAGGCCACAGGAGCUUUGUGAAGCAAGCGGCACAUAAUGCGUGUAGAGAUGACCAACCAAUUACUGUUGAUGAGGGGAGUGGAACCUCAACCCAGCAUGUUAUCGUGAUCGAGUCUGCAGAUGCAGAGUCUGCUGGUCCUGGGGUCAAGCUGGAAAGGUCUGAAGGAGAGGAGGACCCACGGAACAGCAGAGACAUCCAGACUGGAGCGUCCCAUGUAGCCACGGAGGACCUCACCGCCACCGCGCCCAGGACCCGAUGCAGAAUCACGGAGGAGGAGGAGGGUCCAGAGGUGCUGCUGGUGAAGGAGGAGGGGUGUGAGGAGGGUCUGGGGAACCCUGAGGGGAACAUGGUCAUGGAGGACAAUCAGACUACACCUCCUCCUGAACCCACAGAAGAACCAGCUGAGCAGCACAGGACCACACACAGUCUCACUGAGUCAGCAGGCAUGGAGGAUGGGAAGCCUGAUCUGCUGCUGGUCAAAGAGGAGACAGUAGAAGAUGCGCCAGAGAGCAUUGAUCUGUUGAGUGGACUAAGGAUGGGGGAGCAAGGUGGAUGGCUGGAGGCUAACAGAGGAGACUGGGUGGCCAUCUUGGAUUCCCAGACUCAGAUGGGUGCAGCCAAGGGCCCAGGGGAUAAUGUCACUGAGCAGGACAGGACUAGAGGCGACAUAGUGGAGGUCAGUGGAUGGGACAGUGUCCUCAACUCUGGGCUGGGGAACAACACUGUUAACCACAACCAGAAAAAGACAGUCGAACACAAAACAACAACCAAACUUAGUCUCCACAACAGACUUGCUGAGACCAGGGCGAGGCAUAGAUUUGGUCUGCAGGUACGGGGAGGUGUCCGUAUGUGGCGGAAGAGAACAGACGCAGACUCGGCUAGCGAUGUUCCGUCCUGCUCCUAUAGUUGUGAUUCAGAGAGACUGAUGGUACCUCAGGUUAACCCCCUAACAGAUGCUGCCUUCAGCCUGCCUUCUAUAGGAUCUAUCAACUGGACAAUGGACCCCGAGACAUCACAGACACGCCCAGGCCUUUGUCCUCCUCGCACUCUCCUGUUAAACCAGACCUCAGACAAUGCCAGUUCCUCAACGCUAAAUGGCUACACAAGCUCAUUGACAAAUGACAAUAGUAGUAACACUGUCAGUAGAUCCGGUGGCAAAGAGAAGCGCUUCCCGUGUUCAUUCUGUGGGAAAGCCUUCAGUUUCCCUAAACAGAUGGAGAUCCACCAGAGGAUGCACACAGGGGAGAAACCCUUUGGCUGCCACUUGUGCAGGGCUAGUUUCUCCCAAUCGUCCAACCUGAAGAGGCACCAGAGAGUCCACACAGGGGAGAAACCCUACAGCUGUCCCCAGUGUGAGAAGAGGUUCUCACGCCAGCAUGAUCUCAAGAUGCACCUGAAGGUCCACACUUGAGAGAGGCCGUUCACCUGUACGCACUGCGGGAAAAGGUUUUCAGAGAGGAGCUACCUCAGGAUACACCAGCAGAAAAUGCAAAUGGUCCAUGAAUAGUGUAUACCCACUGGGUUCACCACGUCAUUUCAACAUGUAGAAUUGGGUAAUACUUGGUAUUUGGUAGAUACAUUGAUCUAUUUUCACCUACUCAAAAUGACAGCUAAAAGUUUGCUGAAUUCCCAAUGUGUUAUCACUAUGCUUUCAACCAUCUAAAAGUGAAACCAAAUUCCAAAGGAAAAAUCGGUCAGAUUUUUGGUUUCGUUUUCACCUAUGUGUUGUCACUGAGCUUUCAAAAAUGUAAAAUCACACUAAAGUUCAAAGUUAAAAUCACACAUUGUCAGAUAUUGUUAAUUUAUACAACAACUUAAUGUGUUAUGACUGUGAUUGAUCUAAUAGCACUACCAAAUGUCUACUAUUUUUGGACAACUUAAGAUGUUGUACACCGCAUUCAGCCAAGUGUGUAACAUCCUAAGGUGCCUGCGGCUCACCAUUUAGUUAAGGAGGGAAAUUAUGCCUUUGCAGCCUGAAUGAAGGACGUUAUAUGUACGAGCCGGUCCACAGGGGAAACGAGUGUAUUACCGGGAAUGCACAUCAAUCCUAGACGAUAGUGCAGAUCUAGCGGCCACUAUAGGCUGGCUGUCCUGUAGUGGUGCACUAUAGUGGUGCAAUUGCCAUCAUACUUGAGACACUGGCGAUCUCAUAAAACAACUAUCUUAACUUGAAAUUGGUGCUCUAUUCGGAUAUCUCUCUUAGCAACCUAGAUGUUGUUUCAGCAAUAAGGCAUGAGAAUCCAGGAUUUAUCCUGUGAUAACUCCCGACUAAGCGCUGUUCUUAUGACCAAGGUAAAGCCAAGGGCUGGGGAAACAGCCCUUAAGAGCUUGUUAUCACACAAUAAUUCCCUGGUUCUCAUACCUUAUUUAUUUGAUAAAACGUUUGCCAACAUACACUACCUUUCAAAAGUUUUGGGUCACUUAGAAAUGACCCUGUUUUUGAAAGAAACCACCUUUUUAUUCAUUAAAAUAACAUCAAAUUGAUCAGAAAUA